GAUGGAGAGGGAGCGGGUUGUGGAGAGGGAGGAAGAGAGAAGUAGACAGGAAACAGCAGGCAGAGUAAACGGCUCAGCGGGCAGCCUCAGCCUCUCGGAUGAAAAGGUGUUUGGGAAGAGUGUCAGGAGAGAUCCGGUCCAUCCAUCAACAGAACAGAGAAACACCGCAGGGCACGGAUCAAAGAGCUCCUCCCAGAGUCACAACGACACCCUUUGCCCUGAGAAACCUCCUGCGGUUGUUAGACAAAACGCAAGCAGAGUGAUGACUGUCACGGCACUAGAGAGCUUAGCCACCGUUACCCCAAAACUAAGCAUGGCCCUUUCACCCGAGAGGCUUGGUGAAGACUUGUGUGAGAGCAGGGCCAGCAAACGGAAAAGGACAGCAUCAAUGUCUCUGGCUGAUAAGGAGCAGGGCCUUGACCUCCAGGGUCCAUGCACUCAGUGUCAGCCAACUGUAAUGGUAGAGCCCAGUGGGCCAGUCCUAUGUACCCAGUGUCAGUCCACUGUGGAACAGUCCAAUUGGCCAGAUGGUUCAAUGGGUGAGGAGGGGUCUGCUUGGUCUUGCUGUGUUUCUUGUGGUGGGGAGGGGAGACAGAGGAAGAGACAGAGAGGGUCCAGUUAUACUCCUCACAUCUCAGACCCUCCUGUAGGUCACAAUGUUCUCAUCUCAGACCUUCCUGUAGGUCACAAUGAUCACAUCUCAGACCAUCCUGUAGGUCACAAUGCUCUCAUCUCAGACCUUCCUGUAGGUCACAAUGUUCUCAUCUCAGACCCUCCUGUAGGUCACAAUGCUCUCAUCUCAGACCUUCCUGUAGGUCACAAUGUUCUCAUCUCAGACCUUCCUGUAGGUCACAAUGCUCUCAUCUCAGACCUUCCUGUAGGUCACAAUGUUCUCAUCUCAGACCCUCCUGUAGGUCACAAUGUUCACAUGGCAGAACCUCCUCUGGAUGUAAUGUCUGUUGACAGAUGUGAGCUGAACGUCCAGUGUGAGAAUCUAGUGAAUACAGCUGUGGAAUAUCUUGAGGUUAAAGGUCAACUUGCCAGCUGUAGUGCCUUGAGUCAGCCAGCUGUAGACAGUAAGUCAAUGGGAGGCUCUCCUCGGCUCCAGAUUCAGAACAAUGUUCCCAGCAUGAAAGAGGAAUGUUCCUUCUCUCCCUAUCAAACUGGACCUGUAAGAGAUCCCCCAAAUCCCCCAGAAAUAAUUGGUAUUACAAAUGAAAACAAAAACAACACUGUUUGCCUCCCAAACUCUUCCACUGUUUCUCUCCCGAUCAUGGUACAUCAUAUAGGAAUGGGUAACAUAGGACAAGAUUGUAUAACAAGGAAAUCAGUGGCAGGGGCUGCCCAUGUCAGUCCACUGGGUGUGAGAGAGAUCAUCCCCCCAUCCAUCCCACAGAUGUUUCACAGACAGAAAACCAGUCAGCACAGUCCCCAGAGCCACCCCAACCACCAGGAGUGCCACAGCCCCCAGCAUACCCAGAUUCAGAGGUUUCAUCCUGGGGUUAGGGUUCAGGACGAGAGAGGGUUCAUGGAGAGCCUGAGACCUGGCGGUACUAACGUUACAGCUGGCCCCUACCACAAUCAAAGACCGCCAUGUUUCCAUCCGCAUCACCUGUCUGACGGCAUGGAGAAACAGCACUGUCUCGUUCAGAUCCAGACCCACAGGCACGUCCUCCACCACCAUCAGCAACAUCAGUUGUUCCCUGGAAAGAUGAAGCAAGUUCUGUCUGGGUCUCCUGUCGCGGUGUCCACCUCCUGUCCUCCCAUGCUCCACCCAGUCCACCUGUCUCCAUCCCCCAUGUCCCCCAUGUCCCCCAUGCCAACCAGGUCCAUCACUAUCCGACACACCAUUCUCCAUCACCAACAUCACCACCGUGCAGCCUUCCUCCCUACUCACCCCCAACCAACUCUCUUACCCCAUGUUCUGCCUGUCCCAGUCAGCAGCCUGCCUAUUGGGGCAGAAAUGUGUCCCUCUGGCCCCUACCCACCUCCUUUUGUGACCUCACCACCACAACUCUCGGUAAUGGCCCCGCCCAGUUUACACCACCACCCAAUGGCGGUGACAUUCCACGCCAUGCCCCGUCCAGCCAUGUUCCCCUCCAUGCUGCAGCCACACCCACAUCCCACUGUCAUCCCUCUACAGCCCAUGUUUUGAUGACAUCACAUCCCACUGUCAUUCCUCUACAGCCCAUGUUUCGAUGACAUCACAUCCCACUGUCAUCCGGGCUACAGUCCAUGUUUUGAUGACAUCACAUCCCACUGUCAUCCCUCUACAGUCCAUGUUUUGAUGACAUCACAUCCCACUGUCAUACCUCUACAGUCCAUGUUUUGAUGACAUCACAUCCCACUGUCAUUCCUCUACAGCCCAUGUUUUAAUGACAUCACAUCCCACUGUCAUCCGGGCUACAGCCCAUGUUUCGAUGACAUCACAUCCCACUGUCAUCCGGGCUACAGUCCAUGUUUCGAUGACAUCACAUCCCACUGUCAUCCCUCUACAGUCCAUGUUUUGAUGACAUCACAUCCCACUGUCAUCCGGCUACAGUCCAUGUUUUGAUGACAUCAUCAUCUGACAUGCCACUGCAGGAAGUAUAGCUUUCAAUCUUCUUUUUUGCUGUUUUAAUUACAACUAUUAUUUCAAAUGGCGGCGAAAGCAACAACAAACAAGCAAAAAGUUACUGUCAAUUUCAUCUCGUACUUAAAGUUGUCUUUUCUUCACGUAACAGCCCGAAACCUUCUUUAACAAUGGAAAGGCUACUGCCUAUUCAGAGUGAUAAGUGAUUUUCAUUCACACAAUAUUAUCCAGAAAUAUUUCCUUUAGAGUGACAAUCAAGCAUAACUACAGAAUUAGAACUCGUGCAAUACUAAAAAACCAGUCUGAAGCAGAUUAAUUAUUAGAGUGUCCUCUAGACUGUAUUUUUUUUUCUAGUGAAGUGCUUCAAUAGUCUACCUUUAAGGGCAUUACACGCAAUACUAGUUCAAUUAAACAUGAACAUAAGCACAGUCCGUUAUUUUAGUGCAAACGGUACGUGUGGAAGAGUUUCACUCUACGUUCAUUUUGUUUCCUAAAGUACGACAAUUCAUUCACAGAACACUCUAUUGUACAGCAUUCCCUCCGUAGUUUCAGACACACCCCCCCCGCCCCCCCCCCCCCCCCCAAAGUAAAGUAUGCAUUGAAUGAAUGGGUCUGAGCUGUGGCUGUCCUUAUAUGGGCACGGUACGGUUACAUAUGUAAUGAGAGUUUAUACAUUAGAUUAAAACGAAAGUGUCAGUGUCUUUGUAAUCACAUAGCCCUGAUUGAUUCUGUACCUAAAUCUGCUUACCAAGUGGUCGCAAAUGCUUCCCCAUAGGCCUUCUCCAUGUAAUUGUAAUACAGUAGAUGAUGAACACUGUUCUACCGUUCUGCAACUAAUUCAACUUGAUUUAAAAAAAUAAAAUUAAAAAAUGUUGUACAUUGUUGUAAAUUAGCCAUAUUUAUAAUUCACUUGCAGGAUUUAUUGUAAGAUAUAAUUCUGAUUUUAUAGUGCAAGUUACCCCUUUAUGUAAUAUCAUCAUUAUUUAGAUACAACUAUGUUUUUACUUACGUUUUGUCAACAGAAUGAUGUUGAGGU